AUGGAAGAGGACAUCAGCCUAAAGAAACGGAAAGGUGAUCCCCACGGCGACAAAGACUCAGAGCCCCGAGACUCUGGCCAGGAAGCUGAAGGUGAAAAGGUCAAGAAGCGCCGGGGACGACCUCCAGUGGAGAAACUGCCCCCCAACCCCCCCGAGCUCACCAAGCAGCUGAACACACUGGUGGAUAUGGUCAUCAACUACAAAGAUGGGUGAGAUUAGCAGGGAGAAUUGGGGAUGAGCACUGUGUUAAUUAUGUCAUUAUGAUGCAAUUAUGUCCACACUUAUUAAUUAACUAAUAAUUAGCAAUGUGUGGAUAAGAAGGGCAGUGAUGUUUGAUGUUAUACCAUGCAGGGACUGGUUCGACAUUAAUUACUUAUUUUGUUUCCCACCAUUUCACAGUGUGAGCAGUGUGUUGCAGAAAUGAUCAGAUAGAGAGGAUUUAGAUUGUAUCAGUCCCAUUAUGGCAUCUGUGAGAGCAGGGGCAGCAGGUAGCCUAGCAGUUAAGCGCUUUGGGCCAGUAACCGAAAGGUCGCUGGUUUGAAUCUCUGACAUGACUAGGUGAAAGAUCUGUCAAUGUGCUCUUCAACAAGGCACUUAACCCUAAUUGCUCCUCUAAGACCCUCUGCUAAAUGACUGAAAUAUAUAUAUAUAUAUAUAUAUAUAUAUAUAUAUAUAUAUAUAUAUAUAUAUAUACGGUACCAGUCAAAUGUUUGGACACACCUACUCAUUCAAGGGUUUGUCUUAAUUUUUUCUAGUUUUUACAUUGUAGAAUAAUAGUGAAGACAUCAAAACUAUGAAAUAACACUUAUAGAAUCAUGUAGUAACCAAAAAAGUGUUAAACAAAUCAAAAUAUAUUUUAGAUUUUAGAUUUUUCAAAUAGCCACCCUUUGCCUUGAUGACAGCUUUGCACACUCUUGGCAUUCUCUCAACCAGCUUCACCUGGAAUACUUUUCCAAAAGUCUUGAAGGAGUUCCCACAUAUGCUCAGCACUUGUUGGCUGCUUUUCCUUCACUCUGCCGUCCGACUCAUCCCAAACCAUCUCAAUUAGGUUGAGGUCGGGGGAUUGUGGAGGCCAGGUCAUCUGAUGCAGCACUCCAUCACUCUUCAUCUUGGUAAAAUAGCCCUUACACAGCCUGGAGGUGUGUUGGGUCAUUGUCCUGUUGAAAAACAAAUUAUAGUCCCACUAAGCCCAAACCAGAUGGGAUGGCGUAUCGCAGCAGAAUGCUGUGGUAGCCAUGCUGGUUAAGUGUGCCUUGAAUUCCAAAUGAAUUACAGACAGUGUCACCAGCAAAGCACCCCCACACCAUAACACCUCCUCCUCCAUGCUUUACGGUGGGAAAUACACAUGCAGAGAUCGUCCGUUCACCCGCACCGCGUCUCACAAAAACACAGCGGUUGGAACCAAUAAUCUCCAAUUUGGACUCCAGACCAAAGGACAAACUUCCACCGGUCUAAUGUCCAUUUCUCGUGUUUCUUGGCCCAAGCAGGUCUCUUCUUAUUAUUGGUGUCCUUUAGUAGUGGUUUCUUUGCAGCAAUUUGACCAUGAAGGCUUGAUUCACACAGUCCCCUCUGAACAGUUGAUGUUGAGAUGUGUCUGUUACUUGAACUCUGUUAAGCAUUUACUUAGGCUGCAAUUUCUGAGGCUGGUAACUCUAAUGAACUUAUCCUCUGCAGCAGAGGUAACUCUGGGUCUUCCUUUCCUGUGGCGUUCCUCAUGAGAGCCAGUUUCAUCAUAGCACUCUAUGGUUUUUGGGACUGCACUUGAAGAAACUUUCAGUUCUUUAAAAUGUUCCGUAUUGACUUACCGUCAGGUCUUAAAGUAAUGAUGGACUGUCUUUUCUCUUUGCUUAUUUGAGCUGUUCUUGCCAUAAUAUGGACUUGGUCUUUUACCAAAUAGGGCUAUCUUCUGUAUACCUUGUCACAACACAACUGAUUGGCUCAAACGCAUUAAGAAGGAAAGAAAUUCCACAAAUUCACUUUUAAGAAGGCACACCUGUUAAUUGAAAUGCAUUCCAGGUGACUAUCUCAUGAAGCUGGUUGAGAGAAUGCCAAGAGUGUGCAAAGCUGUCAUCAAGUCAAAGGGUGGCUAUUUGAAGAAUCUCAAAUAUAACAUAUAUUUUGAUUUGUUUAACACUUUUUUGGUUACUACAUGAUUCCAUAUGUGUUAUUUCAUAGUUUUGUUGUCUUCACUAUUAUUCUACAAUGUAAAAAAUAAAGAAAAAAAGAAAAAAAUUUGAAUGAAUAGGUGUGUCCAAACUUUUGACUGGUAGUGUAUAUAUACCUUCUUCUACUACUUCUAUGAGUUGGCAAACAAACUGAAAGGGUGUACACUGCCACCUAGAGUGUGUUGUUUGAACAGGUAUGACGCCAAGGUUGGCGAUUUACUGCCACCUUCAUUUAUGGAAUGUUUCCUCACAAGUAUAAUUCAUUGGCUGAGCCCUCCUGGUGACCUGGAUGGAAUUAUGUGAUCCUUCCUUAACCCAUAGGAAGUCCCACCCAGUUGACUAAUUCAAAAUGGUGAAAGUCCUCAAUGGUGCUGCCCAUGCUAAAACAAGCUUUUGGGCAUUAGAGUCCUCUAUCUAUUUCUAUGAUUGGACCUGACAUCAAAUAGAAGGUUUUCUUUCAAAUACUUCAGCUGCACUUGAUUGGCCUUGCCUGGCACAAUGGAACUAAAUCUGGCCAAUCUUCAACUCCAAGCAGGCUCAAACAAAUGCUUAAAGUAUUUGAAACAAAACACAUACUAUUGUCUGGAGAGGUCUGUGUCUUCUUGGUCCGUAACAGAGCCUGUGCUAAAUUCUUCCAGGUUGGGCCGUCAGAUCAGCAAAGGCUUCAUCCAGCUGCCUUCUAGGAAGGAGGUGCCAGAGUACUACGAGUUGAUCCGAAAGCCUGUGGACUUCAGGAGGAUCAGGGUAGGCUCAGUGGACCCUCUACACCAGGGAUUCCCAACCCUUUUCCCACAGGGUCCCCUAUUUUACAUUUGAUACAUUUAGACACAAAUACAUGGCAUUUUACAUUUUCAAAUUGCAUUUUAUAUAACAUUUCAUAGUUCAUAACAGCAUCACAAUGAAUUGCAAUACAGUGCACUUGUAGGCCUCCACAAAAACAGUAGGCUAUUUUACUGCAAAUAGCCUAACUGACUGUUUGUGUAAAACAGGUGGCCAUCUUAAAAAGGCUUUUCAAUUAUAUGCAGGGAUUUGGGAACACACCAUUUUCUGUUCAUAUUGCAUUUUAUAUAACCUAUAUCAGCAUCACAAUAAAUUAUUAUUUAUUAUUAUGCACCUGAAUUUAUAUUUGUACAUACAUGUAUCUAUUUAAUUAUUUAUUUAUCAUACUGUAUAUUUAUUACAAGUGGUCGAUUGGUGACAGAGUCACACACAAUAAUUUAUUACCUGCCGUUUCAUCUUUAAUUGGGGCCCUGGGCCCGUAUUUGCAAAGCCAGGGAUAGGAUGUCAGGUGUGAUGCUGGUGACAGCCAGACGAAAGUCAUUGUGCACUUUCAACUUUUUGCGUGCUUUUGUUUUGAUUGUAACCAGCGCGCUGAAUGCAGUCUCUGACAGGUAUGAAAUGCACCAGCACUUGGCCGUGUGAGAGGUAGAACACCUCUGUGACUGUGUGCAGCGGGAGAGUUUGGUGCGCCUCAUCUUCACAUAACUCCGCAAAGAGUCAUUUGUUCGUUGGGCGAGCUUUUAACCCUGGAGUUGAUUGACGCGCGUCACACGUAGGGCUGUUACGGUGACCAUAUUACCGCCACACAGGCUGUCACGAGUCAUGACGGCAGUCAAAUUCCACGUGACCAUUUAGUUAUUUAGGCUUCUCCAAGCUCUGAUGCUGCUGAUGGUCAUUAGUAGCCUACCAAACUUGCUAACUGCCUGGUACUCAGCUCUAUAUUGUCCCUCUAAUCACUCUGACAUCAAUGCAAAUGUAUCGAAAAUUGAAUCAAACACUUAAUGAGAGCCCAUGAGCUCAUGUUGCACAACAUUUCUAUAGGCUAUGCAAUUGCGCUUAUAAUGUGAAGAAAUAGUCUAAUAGUCGAUCAACAUUUUAAACUAAACCUUAUUAUCUGUUGCAUCAGGCUCAUUGCCUAAAACAGUUUUUUUUAUGCUAGUGGUUGUAUUAAUUUGGGAUCUAUCAUUCCACAAAUGUCCCAGACUAUGUUUGGAAUUUUUAUUUCUCACACAGAAUAGAAUAGGUCAACUUUUGUACAAUGGGGAAUAGUAGAUUGACAUAGGCUAGUGCUUUUGUUGUUUGGUAGGCCUACUCAUCUGGUUGGCUGUGGACAGUUCUUCCAAUAUCUUCAAUAUGCUUCCUCGGAAUUGGAUAAGGAAGCGUCCCUGUUGUGUUUGUCUUCACUUGUAGCCUGUGAGAAAGACCCGUGAGAGGUGCUUCGGCCCUGCAGUCGGGAGAAGGAAAUUAUAAUUAUUAUAUUCAGCCUAAGGGCACAAUGGCCACUGGCCGCAAAAGGCAUGGAUUUCUUUAGGGAGCAUUAUGGCCACACAAAGGGGAUGCAGCCUGGAAAUUCAAGCCAUUAUCCAAUUGCUUGUCAAAUUGUGAAUGAGAGACUGAUGAACUGUGUACAGCCUGCGCAAAAAAACAAACCAGAGCUCAUGCCUUUCAUGUGACUUUUUUCAAAUCCUCAUUAGAAGAUACAGCCUUAGAAUAUCUAAAAAAUCUAAACAUAUAGCCCAACAUUUGUAUCACAAUUUGUAUCACAACUAAAGUUACAUAAAUAAAGCGAAUGGGGGUAAAAAGUGCAAUGAGUAAAGUGACCUAACAUGGGUGAAAUGUUUUAUCUUCUGAGUUUUCUGAUAUCUUUCAGAGAUAUAGGACAUACACUUCAAAAGCUUAUUCCAUAUUAUACAUUUUUGGACUGUCUGUUUUGCCAUGUACUGUACAAAUGUGUUAUUCAAUGUGUAUCUAUGGUCUAUAGCAGUACAUGCCAAACUCAAUAUUUUAUCAAAUCAUUUUUAAAUACAUACAUGUUUUAUACCUACAGGGGUCCUAAAAUUCCAACUCAAAUAGCUAAAUGAUCCAUUUUAUGACCAUCUUAAAACAAUUCCAUAUUUUAGCUUAGUAGAUAGUGCCAAAUAUGGGCUUAGACCUACAGGGGUUAACUAUUAUAACUACAGUCUUCAGUGUUUCGUUGAGCUCCUUGGACAGGUGUUUGCUCGUCAGGACUUGUCUGUGUAUCAUGCAGUGAAACAAUGCACAAUUGGGAGCCUUUUCCUUCAAGCAGCUUUUGAGGCCCUUGGUCUUUCCCAUUAGUGAUGCAGCCCCAUCAGUACAGCAUGCAACUCAAUUCUCAUAGGAAAGGUUGUGUUUUGUAAAGUACAUAGCCUAUCAACUGCACAACAAAUAUCUUCUCCUCGUGUGGUUGUGGUCAGAGUUACAGAAGUCUGUUUCAUCAAUGUACUGCACAUACACAAUGAGCGCAGCCUCGCCUUCCACUACGGUGGUUUCAUCCAGUUGGAAAGAAAAGGGGCUCUUUUGUGCGCCCCCCAUCCCCCUGAAAUUAAGUCAGGCCUCACGCCACAACAGGAAACAUUGGCGCCGGGGGCGCACCCCCUAGAUUGGGAAUCCCUGCUCUACACUGCAAUCUAUAGACUCAGCACAGCACCAACCCACCCAAAUCUUCCCCACACCAAUUCAGCGCAGAACCAAAUCUCAACACUAACUCACCAAAUCUCAACACUGACCCACCAGAUCUACCCACAAAUCGUCCCACAUACCAACUGGCCAUAGGCAUGUUAACAAAGUCACAGAUGCAGUGCUAUCCUUUCAGCAUAUUCCAUCAUCAUCCGAGCCAACUUUUCUAUGAUGUUGGAUUCAGGUAGUAAUAUGCACUGUAUUUAUGUGAGCGUACAUGUUUUCUGACCAUGUGUUGUUUUUUUGUAGGAGCGUGUGCGCAAUCACAAGUACAGGAGUGUGGGGGAUCUGGAGAAAGACAUCAUACUGCUGUGUCACAACGCACAGACCUUCAACCUGGAGGGAUCUCAGGUGUGGCUGCUGGAAUUCAUACCACUGCCUCCGGUUCUACAUGAAAUCCACAUACCAUGAUGCCCCCAGCUCAUGACUGUGAGAGGCUAAUUUGGUUUAUGUUAUGUGUGUGUUUGCCAUAGAUAUUUGAGGACUCGAUUGUUCUCAAGUCUGUGUUUGAGAGUGCACGACAGAGGAUUGUCAGUGAUGAUGAGGAGAAACAGGACAGCACUGCCAUCCGUAAUGAUGAUGGAGGUCGAGACAAUCAGUUGGUUUCAUGAGCAGGUGAGACCCGGCCGUUGUGAUCUCAAAACAAACUCUGUGAAGAUUACCUUCUUUUAAAAACAGAAUGGGAAAAUCAAGAUCACGCAGUUCAGUUGACAAUGAGAAGCACAUUUUCACUUUCACUCACCCGAACGAUUGUGAGUUAUCAAGCAUUAUUAUUUAGAUUUUGAAUAGCUUGAAAUGAUUUAUUUUCUCAAAGAUCAAUGACAGGACAAACUAAUAUCUGGUUGUCAUUAUAUAGAGUAAAUGAAAACUAGUGCCUUCAACUCUCUUUUGUUCCUUUCUUAAUCCUCUCUUUUCAGUGAAAACGGCGGCAACGCAGGCGACACAGAGGAUGAAGGAGGAGAGGAGCAGAAAGAUGAAGGUCAAGAAGACCGUCAACAGUGAUGUAGACAGCGAUGAGGAUCUGGAGGACAAUACAGCUAAAGAUGAGGGUUGACCUGGAGGACCAACGCUAGUUCAAUUACCCUCCUUAUCCUCUUUCUUUCUCUCCACUAUCACUGUUUUUGCAUUGCAGCUUAUUAAUUUGCUCACCUUGCAAAAAGGUUUGUCUCAUCUCAAGUCAAGAAAGCUACUCAAAGGAAUGUACGUACUUAAUGAUGUUGGUCCUCAAGUAAUUCAUGCAGCCUUAAACGUUCAUGUCUUUUUACUAUUAUUUUGCCUUUACGUUUUUUAAACGUUUUUUAAUGAUGUUCUUCCCUCGGUCUUCAUAUGAAAGCUGCUGUGUGUAUCCUUAAUGCUUUACCAGAGGAUAUCUCUCCACUCUUUUUCCAUGAGUUGUUUUUUUAUUUGAAAGUGUUAUUACUUUAUGUGUGAAAUUAUGUAUUUCUGCUAAGACGGAGACCACCCUCAGAGAGUGGCGCCUGUUGAUAACAUCCCUAUAUGUUGUGUAUAGGUACAGUGAGGGAAAAAAGU